AUCCCAAAAACUUAACUCAAAAUGCAGGACCCCAACGAAGACACCGAGUGGAACGAUGUCCUCCGCGCCAAGGGAAUCCUUCCGCCGAAGCCAAAAGAGGCGGAAAUCACCGAGGAUGACAUUAUCGGCAUGAUUGAGAACACGAUCGAGCAGAAGGCGAACGGCGGCAAAGACAUGUCCAAGAUGGGCCUGGACGAACUGGACGAGCUGGAAGAUUCCGAGGACGAAGCUGUGCUGGAGGAGUACCGUCGCAAGCGGAUAGCCGAGCUGCAGCAGCUGGCCCGGAAGGCCAAGUUCGGUUCGUUGCUGGAGAUUUCCGGCCAGGACUACGUGAACGAGGUGACCAAGGCCGGUGAAGGAAUCUACGUCGUGCUGCACCUGUACAGCCGAGGAGUUCCGUUCUGUUCGCUGGUCAAUCAGCAUCUGUCCCAGCUGGCGCCCCGUUUUCCGGCCCGACUUUUUGGCGAUUUUUGAGCAAAACCCCUAUCUCCAAACGACGAUAACUCAGG